CGUGUAACCAGAUCUGUCAGUAGUAUCAGCUGAUGUUGGUGUCCGUGCAACGACUGUCGGCAGCCUAUCGUAGUAUAGCAACAUCGUAAAUUUCACACACAACCUAUAAGCCACGUUGCAACUGUAUUUACAUUUGGAAAAAGUUCGUCAACAGUGAAAUAGAACAAUAUUUUUAACAUCAUUAUCUAAUAUCACGUUAGUGAAGCAUUGAUGGGAUGCCGUGACUUAUAUAACACAGCAUCAUUUGGACCCAAUUAUUGAUGUUUUUGGAUAUUGCAUAAGACUUUGUCCCUCAAAAAAGCAACUGUCUGUAAAUACCAUCCAAAAUCCAUUGAAGAAUUGAGAACUGCUUCUGUUGCAGAGAAAAUAUUACAGCAUGUAUUUUAAAUACACAAAAACAUGAUUUUACAAGAAUUGAAUUGUGGAUUGAACUACAGCAUUAAAUGUUAAGAGCCACGGAUAAAUGCAAUCUACCAAGGACAGAUAACACAACAAGGUAUUGAAUAUUGGACACGUUUUAUCAAUAAGUGGUUCAAUGAGUGAACAAAGCCUCAUAAGUGAUCAGGCACCCAACAUGAGGUUCUCGUUUCCUGGGUCCAAGGGUAACCUGUACUACUCUGUCUUUGCCGCUGACUUGGCAUCGGCAGCAGCAGGCACUCACUUCAGCUGGUCUUCCCCAACUUUGCCAAAGUUAGAGGCAGCAGACUCAUGGUUGCCGAUCAACUCAGAUCAAGCAUCAUGGAUCGGCUCUCUGACGGCACUGGGCACCGUGUUUGGUCCUUUCCUAGGAGGUUGGUUGGUCAACACAAUCGGGCGACGUUGGACAAUAGUGACCUCAGUAAUGAUUUGUCUUGUCGCUUGGAUAAUCCUCCUCUUCGCCAACUCCGUCUGGAUAAUAUACAUCGGGAGAUUCAUUGGGGGUGCGGGUGGAGGCAUUGCCUUUCUCGCUUGCCCCAUGUAUGUAGCCGAAAUCUCUGAGGUAUGUGUUUGGGAAUAAACAUUUUUAUAUAUA